GCCGCGCCUGCCGCCCGCCCGCAUCCGCGCUCUCUUCUUGGUCCAGGGGCCUUCCACGCCUCGGGUCCCCGCCUCCCCCCCUUCGGCCUUUCCCAUGGCGUCCAGGGAUCUCCGGCGCCUGCUUGAUGGCGCCGCGCUCGUCGCCCGCGAAGCCACGAGGGGCACCUCCCCACGCGACGUCCUCAGGUCCGCUCUCCUCGCCGCUACCGACCUCGCCGGCCUCACCAAGGGCACCCCGCGCCGCCCGCAGGACCCUCCAGGCGCUGGGCCGCACCCCGCCACCGAAUCCUCCCGCCCCUCCUCCUCCGUGGUAUACUUCACCCACGACGAUGCCGCUGCGACCCAACAAGAGCCCCCGUUGGAGCGGCCGCCGCCCCUGUCCCCGCCGGCGCAAGAGCCCGCACACCCCGCGCGGACGCAGAUCACCGGAACUGGUACAGCCGCCGCCGUGGUAGCUGAACCAGCUGCCGUAGCGGCGGCAAGUCCCGAUCCUGUGGCGGCUCCUCCUGAGCCCUCUCCUUUGCCCCCACAGGCGCCCCCUCUGCCCUCACCAGCGUCAGUGGAGAAGAGGCGGCGGCUACGGGAGCGGAGGGUUCCGUCCACGCCCUUCACCAGAGCCCUAGGGUUUGCAGGACUGGGUGCCGGGCUAGCAUGGGGCACCGUUCAGGAGUCGGCCCGCCGGGUGAUGUACGGCGCACCGGUGGACAAACAGGGCAAGCAGUCAGCGCUGUCGCCAUUCUUGUCCGAUCAGAAUGCUGAGCGUGUUGCCCUUGCGCUCUGCCGGAUGCGUGGAGCGGCACUCAAGGUGGGCCAGAUGCUGAGCAUUCAAGAUGAAUCCCUUGUGCCUCCGCCGGUAUUGGCAGCUCUUGAUAUUGUUCGUCAAGGUGCUGAUGUCAUGCCAAGGAAGCAGCUAAAUUCAGUCCUUGAUGCCGAGCUUGGUACUGACUGGUCCUCCAAGUUGCGGAGUUUCGACUAUGAGCCGCUAGCCGCAGCUAGCAUCGGGCAGGUCCAUCGGGCGGUUUUGAAGGACGAGUCAGAUGUUGUCAUGAAAAUACAAUACCCUGGGGUUGCAGAUAGUAUAGAAAGUGAUAUUGAGAAUGUUAGGCUACUUCUAACUUAUACAAAUCUCAUCCCUAAAGGUCUUUUUCUUGAUAGAGCUAUGAAGGUGGCAAAGCAGGAGCUGGCAAGGGAAUGUGAUUAUGUGUUAGAAGCAAGUAACCAGAAGCGUUACAAAGAAUUGCUAUCUGAUAGUGAUGGCUACUAUGUCCCAAAGGUCAUUGAUCAAUUAUCUAGCAAGAAAGUACUGACCUCCGAGUUUGUUCCAGGGGUCCCUAUUGAUAAGGUUGCUCAGUUAAGCCAGGAGACCCGCAAUUAUGUUGGUUGUAAACUGCUUGAGCUUACAAUAAAGGAGUUAUUUGUCUUCAGAUUCAUGCAGACUGAUCCAAAUUGGAGUAAUUUUCUGUAUGAUGAUGCUACAAGGAAAUUCAAUCUGAUCGACUUUGGGGCAGCUCGUGAUUUUCCAAAGCGCUUUGUAGAUGAUUAUCUACGCAUGGUCAUUGCCUGUGCAAACAAAGAUCGGGCUGCUGUCUUAGAGAUGUCCCGCAGACUUGGAUUCCUUACUGGCGAGGAACCAGAAGUCAUGCUGGAUGCUCAUGUCCAAGCAGCCUUCAUUGUUGGUGUGCCGUUUGCAAAGCCAGGUGGCCAUGAUUUUCGAGCAAACAAUAUCACACAUAGUGUUUCCAAUCUCGGGGCUACCAUGUUGAAGCACAGGCUGACCCCACCACCAGAUGAAGUUUACAGCCUGCAUAGAAAGCUGUCAGGUGCAUUCCUGGCUUGCAUCAAGAUUGGGGCAGUUGUGCCCUGCAGAGAGAUGUUGUUCCAAGUUUAUGAGCAAUAUAAUUUCAGUGACGAUUAUUCUGAUGUAGCAUCUAGUACUGCAUAGAUUACCUUUUGUUUGGGGACAUGCCAAAUAGUUCAUUGUCGGCUGCGGCUCAUUUUUCUUGGGAGCUUGGCAGUUCAUUCAUAUUUGGGGUUUAAAAAGGUGAAAGGUUGUGUUCUUGGUUUGUAAAGUCUGUUUGGAUGAGCUAAGUAGGAGAUUGUACAAUGUGCUCAGAGUAGCCUUUCACCAGAUAGUGGUGGGGUUUUAUUUGUACAAGUUUUUUAAAGGAGGAAUAAAGACAAUGGAACAAAGUUUAUUUUUCGCAGGUA